UAGACCGCAGACCGUAGACCGUUGACGACCACUAAACUUAGCCGGCGCCUACUUCACACACUCAGUAGACGAGCAACGGCUGAGAAUAACGCAUCAAGUCAAUGCUCCAAAGCCGGCGUUUUAAUAACUAAAUAAAGCAACGCUUUCAAUUAAAUAGAAUAGAGCAACGCCAAUGCAACGCACUCCUAUUGCCGGCAACAAGUGGAACGAGUUGAGUUUUAGUGAUCGUUAUGUGCUGUCUGAAAAUAAUACAGUUUAAAUGAAACCAAAUAAUUAUUUCAUAUUAACCAACAAAUGCAUAAACGAAAUAGUUUAAGAGUAGGAAAAAAUACAUAUAAAAAAUCAAUCAAAACUGUUGCAAGCCCAGAAUAAAAGGUUUCAAAGGGCAAGUGGCACAUUUUGAGUUGCGCAUACGCCGCGUGGGCGAUAUAUUUUUUUGUAUACUUGCCACUUGAAAAAGUGGCCUUGUUGUGUGUUUAUUUUUACUGGGAUUUCAAGAAACUCGCAAAUCGUGCUUUAUCAGUAUUUGUGUUUAUUCAAAAUAUUGUGUGUUUGUGUGUCUCAUCUUGACGAUUGUGCAACUUAUUAUUGCCAAGGGGCAAGGAAUCAAAUUGCGUUUGUUUUGCGGUAGCUUGGAACCAUUUGAAGAUGUCAUUUGAUAUUGCAAUUGCCGAUCAGAUGCGCAUUGCAUUAAACUAUGUCAAGUUCAAGACAAAACAGCAGCGUUUGCGAAGCAAUGACAAGGUCAUUGCGGAUACGAUUUAUGGAAAGGUGAAGGGGGUUAAAUGGCGUUCCAUCUAUGGCAAUAACUACUACAGCUUUGAGGGAAUACCCUUUGCCAAGCCGCCAGUGGGGGAGCUUCGUUUUAAGGCGCCUGUCGAACCGGAUUGUUGGACGGAAGUCAAACGUUGCACACGAGAACGCUCCAAGCCCUGUCAGGUGAAUCUUGUGCUGAAGCAAGUACAGGGUAGCGAAGAUUGCCUAUAUCUCAAUGUGUACAGUAGAGAGCUGCAUCCGCAAAAGCCGUUGCCCGUGCUGGUCUGGAUUUAUGGCGGAGGAUUUCAAAUGGGCGAAGCCUCCCGAGAUCUUUAUAGUCCGGAUUAUUUCAUGAUGGAGCAUGUGGUGCUGGUAACCAUCUCAUAUCGUCUGGGUGUGCUGGGAUUUCUCACACUGGACGAUGAUCAGCUCGACGUUCCUGGAAAUGCUGGUCUCAAGGAUCAGGUGCUGGCUCUGCGCUGGGUCAAGCGUAACUGUCACUUCUUUGGCGGCGAUCCGGACAACAUAACAGUGUUUGGUGAGAGUGCCGGAGGUGCGUCCACGCAUUACAUGAUGAUCACGGAGCAAACCCGCAAUCUCUUUCACAAGGCUGUGCUCAUGUCAGGCUCCGCCUUGUCGCCCUGGUCCAUCACUCCCAAAUACAACUGGGCAUUUCGCUUGGCUCAGGCAACGGGCUACACGGGAGAGCUCAACGAUCGCAAGAUUCUCAAUCAUCUGCGACACACGAAGGCCAGCAGCAUGCUGCGAAUGGCCGAGGAUAUUAUCACAAUGGAGGAGCGUCAUCAGCGCAAGGUCAUGUUCUGUUUUGCGCCCACCGUCGAGCCUUAUGAGUCGUCACAUUGUGUGAUACCCAGACCUCCACUUGAAAUGAUGCGCAACUGUUGGGGCAAUGACAUUCCCAUGGUCGUUGGUGGCAACUCUUUCGAGGGCCUGCUCGUCUUUCCUGAGGUACGCAAAUGGCCGGAACUGCUCUGCGAACUGGGCGAUUGUGAGUAUCUCUCGCCCGAGGAUGCCGGCUUGGAUGCGGAUCAACGUCGUGCCUUUGGCAAGCAACUUAAGGCCGCCUUCUUUGGCGACAAAGAGCCCGGCCAAAAGACAAUUCUCGAAUACAGUGAUCUCUGCUCGUAUAAAUACUUCUGGCAUGGCAUUCAUCGCACACUACUCUCGAGAAGUCUCAACGCGCCCAAGGCACCGACAUUCCUCUAUCGCUUUGACUUCGAUUCGAAGCACUUUAACAUUAUGCGGAUUAUAACUUGUGGUCGCAAGGUGCGCGGAACGUGUCAUGCCGAUGAUUUAUCCUAUUUGUUCUACAAUGGGGCUGCUAAAAAGCUAAAGCGACGCACGGCUGAGUUUAAAACCAUACGACGUUUGGUCUCCAUGCUGGUGCAGUUUGCCGCAUCCGGUGAUCCCAGCAUACCUAUGGUCGCACACGAGGAACAAGUCGAGGCACAGACAGAAACACAAGCAUGGCUGCCCAUAUCCCAGCAGGAUGCGGUGUUCAAGUGCUUGAAUAUUUCACAUGAUGUCCAGGUGAUUGAUUUGCCGGAGGCCGAUAAGCUGAAACUCUGGGACAGCAUGUACGCUGACAAGCGAUUAUUGUAUUAGUUAUGUGUAUGCCUUAGCUACAUAUUAGUUUAUUAGUUAGCAUAUUUUACUACAAAUAUACAUAUAUUCCCCGCCUCAAGCUGGCCUUAAAUGCACAUCCCGAAUGUAAAUCUGUUUGUGCUCUGCAUCAAGUGUACACAUGUAAAUAGGAAUUUUUAUAGCCUAGCUAUUAAAUAUAAAGAAAAACACUGGCAAACACACUCUCCCACACACAUGAUUAAGUAAAUAACAGCAUACGUUUUUUAUGAAGGCCUUUGGCUAUUAAA